CUAGGGAGAGAAGUACGCAAAGAUGAAAAUAGCAAUAGGAGAAAUGAACGGAAAACUGAAGCUUGAUUAGGAUAGUAGAGCUGUAGAGGAGGCAGAGCUAAUAAAAAUAUUACUUUUAAAAAACAGGAGGUAAAGAAAGAAACACAAAAACAAGGACGAAGCGAGAAAGUAGCGUUUUUAUAUAAGGAUUCAAGGAGGCUCCUCAGAAAUUUGAGGAAAUGCUUCUCUCUUAAUCCGAGAUAACUAGCACCAGCCCAAAAAGAAGAUAAAGACAGACCUGAACCAACGAGAGAAGCUCUCCGUUCUCCAUUAAAUACUUGGUUAUCAUGGGAAACAUGAAGUACAAAGAUAAAGAUGGAAAACCAUACCCUCAUAGAAGUUCUAGGGUGAUGCCCAUGACUUUGAUGCUUCUUAUACUUUGUGGUUUUUCCUUCUAUCUUGGUGGUAUUUUGUGCUCUGAGAAGAACAGAUUCCUUGCAAAGGACUUAAAGAAGGAUAUUUCUAGACCAGUACACUCUUCAAAAGAAGCCAUAUCUGCUCCUCUUAAAGUUCAACCAGUCAUGUUCCCCGAGUGUGGUAUCGACUACCAAGACUACACUCCAUGCACAGACCCAAAGAGGUGGAGGAAGUAUGACCUACAUAGACUUACUUUUUUGGAACGGCACUGCCCUCCAAUCUUUGAAAGAAAAGAAUGCUUAGUUCCUCCACCAAACGGCUACCGGGUUCCAAUCAGAUGGCCAAAGAGCAGGGGUCAAUGUUGGUAUAGAAAUGUUCCUUAUGAUUGGAUUAACAAGCAGAAAUCUAAUCAGAACUGGCUGAGAAAAGAAGGAGAUAAGUUCCUCUUUCCUGGUGGAGGUACAAUGUUCCCCAAAGGAGUUAGUGCAUAUGUUGAUUUGAUGCAGGAUUUGAUUCCUGAAAUGCAAGAUGGAUCCAUCAGAACUGCUCUUGAUACAGGGUGUGGGGUUGCUAGCUGGGGAGGUGACUUAUUAGAUCGUGGGAUUUUGACCGUCUCUCUAGCACCAAGAGAUAACCAUGAGGCUCAAGUUCAAUUUGCACUAGAACGUGGAAUACCAGCAAUCUUGGGUAUAAUUUCCACACAACGGCUUCCAUUCCCCUCCAAUUCAUUUGAUAUGGCACAUUGUUCAAGGUGUCUUAUCCCAUGGACAGAAUUUGGUGGAAUAUAUCUCCUAGAAAUACAUCGUAUCCUUCGACCUGGUGGCUUUUGGGUCCUCUCUGGGCCACCGGUGAACUAUGAGAACCGAUGGCGAGGAUGGAACACAACUAUUGAAGAGCAGAGAUCAGAUUAUGAGAAACUACAUGAGUUACUAACCUCCAUGUGCUUUGAAUUAUACAAUAAAAAAGAUGAUAUUGCUGUGUGGCAAAAAUCUCUGGAUAAUAGCUGUUAUGAUAAUCUUGCUACUCCAGAUGUCUAUCCACCCAAGUGUGAUGAUAGUACUGAACCUGAUUCUGCAUGGUACACUCCACUCCGUUCUUGUGUUUCUGUUCCAAAUUCGAACCUAAAGAAAUUGGGGUUGAAAUAUCUCCCAAAAUGGCCUCUUCGACUGCAUGUAGCCCCUGAACGCACUGGAACCAUUCAUGGUGGAAGUUCUGGGGCAUUCAAUCAGGAUGACAAUAAAUGGAAGGUGCGGGCCAAGCACUACAAGAAGUUACUUCAUGCAAUUGGGACUGACAAGAUAAGGAAUGUUAUGGAUAUGAAUACAGUGUAUGGUGGCUUUGCUGCAGCUGUGAUCAAUGAUCCCCUGUGGGUUAUGAAUGUUGUUUCUUCCUAUGCUCUUAAUACACUCCCGGUGAUCUAUGACAGAGGGUUGAUUGGAACCUACCAUGACUGGUGUGAAGCAUUCUCAACAUACCCUCGAACAUAUGAUCUCUUGCACCUUGAUGGGCUCUUCACUGCUGAAAGCCACAGGUGUGACAUGAAGUAUGUGCUCUUGGAGAUGGAUCGCAUUCUCCGGCCAAAUGGUUAUGCAAUAAUUCGAGAAUCUAGCUACUUUGUGGAUGUUGUGGCAACCAUUGCCAAGGGGAUGAGGUGGAAUUGCAGGAAGGAAAAUACUGAAUAUAAAGUGGAGGAAGAAAAAGUAUUGAUCUGUCAGAAGAAACUCUGGUACUCCUCUAACAAAAGUCUUAGAUAAAACAUAGAGAAAAGACCAAAGAAGACAAAACGUGGUGGAAAAUUCACCAAGAAGAUUUGUAGAGAGAGGAAACGAACGAGAGGCAUAAUUUCUUGAAGUGAAGAUAGAAGUUCCAAAAUCUUUCCAGCCAGAAGGAAAAUCUUUCAGUUAAGAGGUCAAAAUAUCAUAGGUAUCAUAUCAAGAUGUGGUUAAGUUCCCCGAUAAUCUGAUUCAUUAAUUUCUAGUUCCUCGUACAGAUAUAUUCUUUUAUAGGCAGUGAGCAAACAUUAGACGAACGUUUUUUUCUUUUCUUCUUUUUUGGGCCUUUUUCUGUUAAUAUUAUAUAAUUUGGGAAGUAGAAACUGUAUCAAAUUUUAAGUGCCUGGUGAUCACAGCAUUCUAUUCAUCUGUUGGGCAUCUGCUAAGAGGCACCUGUUUCCCGUUUUGUUGAUUCUAGCAUAAGAUUAGUGUCUGUAAAUGCUGGAUUUUUCGUUCUUA